AUGUUGCUUGUCAUCAAGAGUUCUUUCUCUCAAAUGAGAAAAAAGUUCAGUUUGUCAGGAUGUUCCUACAAAGCAGACGUUCAAAGUGAGGGAGACGAAUACACGGACAUUGUUUCUGAAACUCUCAAACUAGCUACUAAAGAAAAUGUAGUGACUGUAAUAGCAGAUGACACCGUCAUCGUUGUUCUAUUACUUUUCCACUUUUCCCUAGACAUGGCUUAUAUCUAUAUGAGUUUCGAGGGAAAGACGUCUCGGGAAAAAGAUGAAAAACCCGCUCAGCAUCCGGCCCCUUUUCUUUACGUGCUCGUCUUUGUCCCCUACUUUUUUCUUCGUUGCUCCAUUCUCUUCUUUUUCUCCUUCUUCACUCGUAAACAUUCAUCUUCUUCUUUCCUUCGUCUUCCUCAGCUUCAUCACCCCACUGUCUUCGUUCUUCUUCUUCUUCUUGUUCUUCUUCUUUUACAUCAUCAUCAUCCUCAUCAUCAUCAUCAUCAUCAUCAUCAUCAUCUUCUUCUUCAUCUGAUUCUUUUACACAUCGUUAUCUCCUCCACCUACAACUCUUUUUUCUUAUCUGUUUCUUUUUCCCAUUUUUCUUCUUCUUCUUCUUCUUCACCAGCGCCGCUGAUUCUUUUACAUCUUGUUACCUCCUCCAGUUACAACUGCAUUUUCUUAACUGCCUCACCUGUUAAUUUUCCCCAUGUUAUCUUCUUCUUCUUCAUCACAUCAAUUUCUUCUUUUCCCUUUGUUACCCCCUCCUCCUAA